GUGUGCUACGUUGGCUGUCUUGACAUGCAUAGCCACCUCGCGCGACAACAUUUACAGUAUGUUGUAGAGACAUGCUGACCGAUACGACGGCGAAACAUAUAUAACUUGUUUAUUAUCCAUUUUAACAGGGCUCAGACGCAACAAUGGCAAACGAGCCCGUGAGUAUCGUGUUCAAGCUGUAUUGCUUGACGGUGAUGACAUUGGUGGCAGCUACAUACACCGUGGCGCUGAGGUACACGAGGACGGUGUCUUCAGAUCUGUAUUUUUCUACAACCGCUGUGUGCAUCACUGAAGUCAUUAAGCUCAUCCUGAGCGUUGGGAUGCUAUUCAGAGAAACGGGGACUCUGAAUAAGCUACAGGCUGUGGUUGUAGAGCACAUUUUCCACAGCCCAAAAGAGCUCCUAAAACUUGCCGUGCCAUCUGUGGUCUAUGCCAUUCAGAACAACAUGGCGUUUGUAGCCUUGAGCAACCUGGAUGCAGCUGUUUAUCAGGUGACCUAUCAGCUGAAGAUUCCGUGUACAGCUUUGUGCACAGUGCUCAUGUUGAACCGUUCUCUCAGUAGGCUACAGUGGUUCUCCGUAUUCAUGCUGUGUGCAGGAGUCACGCUAGUGCAGUGGAAACCUGCUGAAUCGACGAAAGUACAGGUUGAACAAAAUCCGUUCCUGGGUUUCAUGGCCAUUGCUGUGGCUGUUCUGUGCUCUGGGUUUGCAGGUGUGUACUUUGAGAAGGUUCUGAAGAGUUCAGACACGUCGCUAUGGGUACGGAACAUUCAGAUGUACCUGUCCGGUAUCGUGAUCACCCUCGUGGGCGUGUACAUGACGGAUGGACCCCAGAUCCUGGAGAAGGGCUUCUUUUACGGCUACACCCCCUGGGUUUGCUUCGUCGUCUUUUUGGCCAGUGUGGGUGGUUUGUAUACGUCCAUAGUGGUGAAGUACACAGACAACAUCAUGAAGGGCUUCUCUGCAGCUGCCGCCAUUGUCCUCUCCACGGUCGCCUCUGUCUCUCUGUUCGGUCUCCAGAUAACUGCAACCUUUGCAACCGGAGCUCUGCUGGUGUGCGUUUCCAUAUACCUGUACGGACUUCCCAAGCAGGAUACCAGCAAGUUAGCCAGAACCGAACCUCAAAAGGACUCGAAGUCAAAACUGAUCUCCGUCUGAGAACCCGUGGAGGACGGAGGGAUGGACUGAGAGAUGAAAUGGCCAAAUUGCUCCAUUUCUGCUCUGGUCAUUUUUUUUUUUUUUCUGGAAGAGGCCAUAGUUCAAGAUUAAAGCCCAUACUACUGUUUCUGGGAAAUUCCAGUCGCCAGUCAAGUUUCAGAGGUAAACCCCUGACAUCAGCCACCUGGGGUCCUGGAAGUGGAAGUCGCCACAUGUGAAAAUGCAGCGUGUUUUUGUUAAUUUGUUUGUUUGUUUGUUUGUUGUUUUUUGGGGAGGGGGGUAAACGAGGGUAUUGGGGAGUCGGUCAAAGGGACUGUGACUGCACACUAAAGGAAGCUUUUGUCCUGGUUUUUCUGCCUUUAAUGUGCACUUAUAAUGCUGUUUGUGUUAAGACUCAGCAGUCACGGAGACUGCGCUCAAUCAAAUGAAUUCUGUUCUUGUUGCCAUGUUGAAUGUAUUCAUAUCAGACAGACAUCAGAAGUGGAACUAAGACAAAUCUCUCAAUCACUUUUUAUUAUUAUUAUUAUUAUUAUAUAUUGUAAAACCAAUAUUUCUGUUUUUUUUGUCAUUUAUCUUUGUUAAUUUAAGUGCAUCACUGUCUACUGUUUACUGAACAAAAUCAAAAUUUCAUAAAUUACUUGAUG